CCUGUUAUUGAAAGAAAUAUCUGAGCAGACACCUAACAUUAUCGUUAAUAACAUUAAUAUAAUAUUAUGAUUUUUAAACAAAUUUAGAACAAUUUCACCUUUUCAGUAAUAGCAUGUAAAGUUAGGCUUUACAUGCAACUUAUUAAUAUAUGUUCAUAGGCUUGAGUUUAUACCUUGCUAUCUCUCAGAUAAGGAAAUCGCUCGUUGACAGAAUCAUUCCUUCUUUUGCUUGCCGAGCUGUGGAAAACAACGAUUUCAUCUCACUAAGAGUCCUCCUCGAGAAGGUGGAUGCCAGUUGUGAAACCUAUGACGAAUUCACGCCCCUUCAUACAGCAUGUGAGUUGGGGAAUUUAGAGAUGAUUAAUUUCUUGCUGUCAAGGGGGGCAUCUCCUCAUCGCAAGAACCGCUUUGGAAACUGCCCAAUGUACAUGGCCAUUAAAAACAGGCAGUGUCAUGCUGUUAAACUCCUGAGCUUAAAAGGAGUCACUGUUAGACUACAGACAGUGAGAAUUGCCAUGGAAAUGAUCCAAGCGGUACAUAACAGAGAUUACCCUCUGCUGUGUGCUUGGUUUCUAUCAGGAGUCGACAUGGACGCUAAAGACUAUAAUGAACGCACUGUAAUGCAUGAGGCGGUUUAUCUGGGAGAUAAAUCUAUGAUCAGCAGACUACUGGGAUAUGGAGCCACACCACUGGAGAGAGAUGUGUGGGGUCAGACAGCCAUGGAGAAUGCUCAAAAUGACACAACGAUCAUGGCUCUUUUUGAGCCUUUUUUCACAACGCGUUGCCCCACCAAACAGGCCUAUCUGCUGUUUAAGGCAGAACAUUCACACAUAUAAAAAAGGUUAUAAUAAUAACAGUAAUUGAAAAA